UUAACUGCACACACAGAGACAGGGAUGGUGAUUUUUUUAAGUAAUUUUUUUUAUUAUAUAUUUUGAAAAAAAAAAAAAAUAACUAGAAAAAAACGGAAAAAAAAUUUUGUACAAGUUAUAUACACACAAAUAGAACAUAGAAUAGAUAGAUUGGAACAUAUAAAAAAAUACAUUAUACACGAUUAUAGUCAACAUAUAGCUAGAAAUUGCAUAGAGGGCUUUAUAAUAUGGAAAAAAAAUUAUAUAUAUAUUUAUACAUACACGACAACACGCGUUCUGUACCCAACAUAGUGUGAAGAUAGCGAAGAAAAAUUUUGGUCUAGUGCAUUCUACGUUUUAGUGAACAAGUCAUUUAUAGUUUUUAGAACGUACCUUCAAGUCAAGUAGUAGUGCAGUAACUAAACUAAAAAAAAAUAAAAAAAAUUAUUGAAAGUGCAAUCAAGACAGUGAAAAAAAAAAUUUUUUUAAAAAAAUUAAAAAAUGUGAUUUUCGAAAAAUUCCUAAAAAUAAAAAAAAAAUAAAUAAUUAAAAAAAAUUAAAAAAAUGGAGACAAGAAAAAAAAAUAAAUAAAUAGUAGUGCACAGUGUUAAAAACUAUACAUUCGCAAAUGUUUGUUCAAUUACUUGUUGCGUCACAGUCACUUGUGACGUUGUCAGUGCUUUAUUAUUAUUAUCACUAUUAUUAUUAUAAUUUAUUGGAAAUUAUUUCGAAUUUUGUAUUUUUGAAAAACUUCACCAACAAUAUCAACAAUAACAACAACUCACCAUCAUCAUCACCGAAAGCAGAAAAAGAAAUAUCAACAGUGAAUUGCAUCGACGACGACUUUACUACGAAAAAAAUUAAUAAUAACAAUAAAGAUAACAAUUGUAAUUUGAUUAGUGCAGAACUAGAAAAACAACUAUUAUUAUUAUUAUUGUUACAACUGUCGGGCAACAAAAAAUUCAAUUUAGUGCAGUGUAAUUUAAGAGAAAAAUGGCCGAUUGUUCAUACGCUCGUUGCAUACAGGAACGUCGAUUUAUAAAACGUGAACUACAAAAAUGGACUAAAAAUAUGGUGUAUAUUGUAGGACUAGAACGAGUUGCUGAAGAACUAAUGGGACGCAGGAAAUGGAAACAAUAUCAAGACAUUAUACAACGUUCCAAUUUAAACAUAGAUGCAACCAAUUUAACGCAAAAAACGACGUCGUCACCAGUAGUAAACAACGGACAUCAUCACACAAACAAUCAAGACGAAGAUAAUUUACUAUUGAAAAAGCUUGAAAUUAACAACGGUGAACCACUGAACAAUCACAUUAAAAGCGAAAAACUCACUGAAAAUAAUAAUCAAGAAAAGGAAAAUAAUUUAAGCGCGGAGGAAAGUGAUACAAAGAAAGAAGCGACUGACACAGAAAUAGAAAAGUCUGAGGAAUCAAUAAUAAAGAAAGAAGACGAUACAAAGCCAAGUGACACCGCACCAAAAGACAUCAAAGAGGAAAGCUCCUUGCCACUCGAUUGGAAACCACAAGAAAAGUGUUAUUUUUGCGUAGACGGAAAACUAUUAACCGUGAACGAAGCAGGCGAAUUGGUGGCUGAGUCAGGCCCGGUUCAAACAACCGAGUCUGAUCUCACCAAUAACAGGACGCACGAUUCUGACAGCGACUCGAGCGAUUCGGAACAGGAUCACUCACGGAAGCAACUUGAACAGGCAAAUAAACAACUUACCGCAGCAUUCCUGAGACAAGCGCAGGGAUUAGCGGCAGCAUCUGGCUCGAAUAUGACGUCUUUUGAAUCGAUGGCGGCGCAACUUGCCGCUGUUGCGUCACUGCAUGGCAUGCAACCGGGCUUGGCACCUUUUUAUCCAGGUCUUUGGUUCAACUUGCAACAACAAGCACAACAGCAGCAGCAACAGCAACAAGAUUCACCUCAAAGUCAAAAUUCCCGUAGUAAUGCGACAACAACGCAAACAUCACAACAAUCACCAUCACUCACGGAACCAAAUGCAUCGAGUAGUCCCGUUGUCAAAUCCGAGCCGCCAGACUUGAUUGCAGUCGGGAGCGGAAAUGGCGGAGGCCCAAGCGGCAAUGGCGAACAACCCUUGGACCUCAGCAAGCCAUCGGGCUCAUCCUCCUCCUCCUUGGGACGUGAAUCAAUCAUGUCCAUGAAAGCAAAGCCACGCACUGUCACAAUUCCGGGACGCCGUUCGUACACAGAGGAGGAACUCCAAAGUGCAUUGCGUGACAUUCUUAGUGGCAAAUUGGGCACACGACGUGCCGCUGUGAUCUAUGGCAUUCCCCGUUCAACGUUGCGGAACAAAGUGUACAAAUUCACGAUGGAAAAUCGACAGCAACUCCCAAGGCCCGAAGUUGUCUUGCCCCAACUGUUAGGCGACGAUGACGACGACAAAGACGAAGAUGGCGACGACGACUUGGAUCCUCCGGUAAUUCGAACGCCAUCCGCUUCAGGGGGACUUUCCGAGGAAAUUCUCCGACUUUCGGCAAAUCCGGCAUUAGCUUUGCAACGCUUGUUCAUGGAAAAAUCGGGCGACGCGUCGCAAGCAACACAAUUGCAGCCUCAAGGACAAAAAUCACAAACGCCACAACCUCCUGAGCCACCAAAAAUUCCGACACCUCAAACGCCGCCAGUGAUGCCCUCGUUACUCGAUCCGAGUCUCAUGUUGCAACUGCAGGGACUCUUGUUGGCUGGCGGAGGUAUUGGAGGAUUACUUUCGUCAAAACCUGAAGAAAUUGCCGCCAUACAGAAACUAAUUUUGUCACAACAGGAAUUAUUCAAGGAACAAUUGAAGCAAAUUCAGCAACAGCCACAGCAGCAAAAGCCCGAACCCCCGAGUUUGAGUAACGGACAAGAUUUGAGUCUCUUGCAGAACAUGGCAUUUAUUCAGCAACAGCAACAACAACUGCUCCAAAGCCAAUUGCGUAAAUCCAGUGGAACGCCGCCAUCCGGUAGCGAAAUGAACGAUAACGACAUGCUGUUGCGCAUUCCGUCCUACAAGUCUGUCGUUGCCGGUAGCAGUUCAAAGAAUGGCGAAGCAUCGACACCGCCCGCAUUGAGACCCGUCGUACCCGGAAGUCCUCAUAAUCAUCACAUGCCAGUUACUUCGCCGCCCAUCGGCGGGGUAGGACAACGUGUUCGCAUGAAAAGCGAAAGUCAAUCGCCUCCUACGCUGUUAGGCGGGCAUCAUAAGGGCAUGCUAUCCAUAAGUGAGGUUAUCGCGAAAAGUAUUAACAAAAAUUUCCAACAAAUGGAUCAACAUCCAAAAAUGCAUCAAUUGCAUCAUCAUCACCCGGGAGCUCUGGGACUUGACUUGAUGGAUCCUCGCAUGGAUCAGUAUAAGCGCCCGAGCAUUUCGGUGAUCAAAAAUUUGGGAUCUGUCGAGAGAUUUGGACAAAGCAGUAGUUUGUCGCCGGGCAGUAAUACAGGAACGGGCGGCAAAGGAACGAGACCAAAGCGUGGCAAAUAUCGUAACUACGAUCGUGAUAGUUUAGUGGAAGCUGUGAAAGCAGUGCAACGUGGCGAAAUGUCAGUUCAUCGGGCAGGCAGUUAUUAUGGCGUGCCGCAUUCGACGCUCGAGUACAAAGUCAAGGAACGUCAUUUGAUGCGCCCCCGUAAACGCGAACCAAAGCCACAGCCGCUAGAUGGCACAAGCACGACAUCCGCUUCGUCGUCAUCCAAACAAUCGCAAGAUCUCUCUGUGAUGCGUGCCCAAUUGGAAAGCAAAAAACCCUCGUUACUCGGAAAAACGCCUCCGUUUCCCGCGACAUCGCCAAACGGCCUCAAAAUGAAUCACCCCGGAUCGAUGUUUGAUUCCGCGAUGGCGAGUCAACUUCAGUAUUCGGCUCCGUUCAUGUGGCCCCAUCACGCGGGUUUCCCGGGCGGCGCUGCAUCCCAAUCAGGUCAACAAAGCGCCGGAUCUGCUCCUACAUUCCCACCGAAUGCCGAACACUUAUUCGCUCAACACAUGAUGCAACGGUUCCAGCAGCAGGAAGAUAACGCCGCGAGUAACCGAAAUGGCGGCGGCUCAAACAGCAGCGGCUCAAAAACUCCCAACAACGGGAGUACAAGUGGCGCAAGUACCCCAGCUUCGGGCAAAUCGGCACGAGAACUCGCCGAAAGUAUCUACGACGCCAACACAAACGGGUCCUUCCUCGAUGGCAUUAUUCGACACAGUCUCGAUAAGAAGCCCGCGGAAAUGAAUCACGGCGCGUUAUUUGAUCAACUUGUCAAAAAUAGCAAUCGCGAUGAUCAUGGUUCGACAUUGAAUGCUGCGAUGGUUGCCGCUACAGCGCUUUUGGGCGGAGGACCGCAAUCCGCAACGGCAAUGGGCAGAAAACGAUCCGGAAGUCCGCUGAGUUUUGCUCAAACGGAAAUUAAGCGGGAACGAGCUAGUAGUCCAAAUUCCGCGGCAUCCGAUGACAGCGAUAGACCGAGUUCGCGCGAAGCUACGGACUUUACGAAAGACACUGUCGAACAGCUGAUCAAGCUGAGACAAGGAAUGACGUUGCAUGGCGCGAAAGAUGACAUGAAUGGCGGGGGCAAUGGUGGCGCCAUCUCGAAUGAUGAUGACAACAUGCAAAAUUCCGAUGACAUUUCAUAGGAAAUCCAGUUGCUACAAUUACGUGUGCUUAUCAGUGUACAAAACAAGAAGAGAAAACAUUGAAGAAAGGUGAAAAUGUGCAAAAUUUCGAAUUAAAGUCGCGCGAAAAUGAAUAAAAAAAGACAAAUGACACGCAAG